AUUCCAUGCCAUGUUCACCACCAAUCUCAUCAGCCCCAAAACCCAUGGAGGGAUUGCAUGAAACAGGACCAUCUCCAUUUCUGAAGAAGACCUUUCACAUGGUGGAAGACCCAGAUACUGACAUCAUCAUUUCAUGGACUGCCUCUCGAAAAUGCUUUGUGGUCUGGGAUCAUCGCCAGUUCUCUACCAAUCUCUUGCCCAAAUACUUCAAGCACAACAAUUUCUCAAGCUUUAUUCGUCAACUUUACACUUAUGGUUUUAAGAAGAUUGAUUCAGACAGAUGGGAAUUUGCCAAUGAAGCGUUUCAAGGUGGGAAAAAACAUUUGUUCAAAAACAUAAAGAGGAGAAAACAUAACCACCAAAAUGUGCAGCAACAAGGAGUCAUGAGACCCUGUCUCAAUUCAGCCAAUUUCGGAAUCGAGACUGAGCUUGAAAAACUAAGGAAUGAUAGGAUGAAAAUGAAAAUGGAAAUCAUGAAACUGAAACAACAACAAGAGAACACAGAGAGUUACUUGGCCGUGGUUAAGGAGCGAAUAGGAUACACCGAGUGUAAGCAACAAGAUAUACUGAUAUUCAUGGCCAAAGCAUUCUCGAACCCG